AUGUCCAGUGGAUCCCAAUGGCCACUGCCUCAUGAAUUCUAUGACCCAAUGACAACAUAUUCUGGGAAUAAAACCAACCUCUUGAUCAAUGGGACCACAACCCCAAAACCCAGCAGCCAGUCCUUUGCAUCUCCUGAGACGUUGCCUCAGUUUUCAGCCACGACCUUCAAUGUUUCCCAGAAUCACACAGCAGCCCUAACCUCUUCAUCCCCUCAGGGUUUAAUCUCUUCUGUGAACUCUACCCUUCUGCAACAGACAUCACCCACAAACUAUCUCCAGCAACAGACUUCAGAUAGGAAGAAGACAGAUUUUCCUCAGGCGCCAACAGAGAAGACCAGUUCAUUAACUUCCCCACCGCCAUUGGUAUCAGUGACACACUCUGUCUUGCUAGACAGGCUCACCUCAUCCACAAAACAGAAGUCUCCAGAGCAAGUACUGACCCUUCCUGUGAAACAGGAGUCUCCACAGCAGCUGAUGAUAGCCACAGAAAUUAUUUCUUCUCAGCAGUUGAUGUCAACCGUGAACCUGACAUUGUCCAAGAAGCCUACCUCAGCAUUGGAGCCAACCUCUGGGCAACAACAAACCACAGCCGUGAAACUGAGCUCUUCACAGGAUGUAACUACAGUUUCUCCAUGGCAGAUAACAUUGCCCCUAAAUGUGACUCACUCUCAGAAGCCAUUUUCUGGCCAGAUUGGAGAAAAUGAGGCCAUUCAAUAUUUCAAGGGCUCAUUCAAGCUAGUCAAUGAGAUCUACCAUCCCAACUACAGUGAUUCCACUUCAGAUGAUUUUAGGAAUGAGGCCCUGAAGUUGGAGAAUAUGAUUGGUAAUGCGUUUGCCAAGAGCAGACUGAAGCAGCGUUAUCAGGACUCAUCCAUAAUGGCACUGAAGCCGAGCCCCUUCAGAGCCCAUUUCAUAGUGAGGAUGAGCAGAGGCUUCGAGGCUUCGAGGCUCAGCCCAAACACUGUGGCCCAGGAAAUGAUUCAAGGGUACCAGAAAGCCUCAGGCAACGGAGUUCUGAUGGAUGAGAAGAGCGUGCAGGUGGAAGAAUACAAUGGACUUUGCCUUUUGAAGCCGUCAUCUCUGUCACUCCUUAAUGGGGUAAGUGAUAACUGGAAUGACGGCAACCUUGACACCAAGGAGGGCUUUCCCUGGCAUGUCACAGUGUUGAAGAACGGGGAUCCCGCAUGCCUGGGGAGCCUGAUCACUGAACAGUGGGUGCUGAGCGCCAGCAGCUGUGUGGCAUCCAGGAGUGACCAGCUAGACACCUGUAUCAGGAUGGGCACCAACUGGUUUAUGAACUAA